AGACAGCUGGCGAAUGCCGCUAAGUUUAUAACGUAGCAGUUCACUUUUACCAGUUGAAUAAAAUUUUUUUUAGCUGAUUUUUUUUAAUCGUUUAUUUUAGUAAUUCGUUUAUAAAAUUACGACGCAGAAAACGGAGCAGAUCUCUUUAGCAAUAAAAAGGGAAUGAAUUUAUUGUUAUUUCACGACUAAUAGUAAUUUCCAUUAAAGAAGGUCUCAUCAAAUACGGAUUAUAUAUGUUGCGAUUCUUGCUAUUCGUUGCCCACAGUUCGACUCUACUGCAAUUUAUAGAAGGUCGAUGGACAAUAGCAAAUUAUGUAGUAACUGAAGAGACAGACGGUGGUUCAAUUUUGGGUAAUAUUGCCCGUGAUUCUGGUUUUAUUCAAGAUAUUCCAUCCCAAAAGAAUAUAGAGUACAGAUUACUACAAAAUGACUUUAGUAGUUACUUUGAGAUAUUUCCGUAUAGCUCUGAUUUGACAUACUUAAAAAUUGAUAGGGAAAAAAUUGGGUGCUCUGGAAAAAGAAUUUGCGAAUUAAAUUUUAAAGUUUACGCAAAUCGAGGCUCAUCUGGUUUAGGACUUUUGCAAUUUAAAGUUACAGUUAAAGAUAUUAACGAUCAUUCUCCUACUUGGCGGGAAAGCAGAAGAGAGUGGACAGUUCACGAAUCGGUUGCUCCUAACAAGCAAUUCCUUUCCAUACCUCCGGCUAUCGACCCUGAUAGCCCCAAGUUCGCGUCACCUACUUAUAAAUUGGAAGACGAUCAUGGUGGAAGGUAUCGUCUGCAGUAUAACAAUGCAUCGAACAACGUAAAAAUUGUUUUAUCGAAAACACUAGAUAGAGAGGCUCAGGACAGUUAUCAAUUGCGUUUAAUAGCAACGGACGGAGGGGGCAGGAAGGGUGAACUUCAAAUUGACGUUCGCGUAAAAGACGCCAAUGAUAAUGUGCCUAAGUUCGAUCACAAUUCGUAUAGUGCAAAAGUUCCCGAGAAUUUAGCUAUAAAUUCUACAAUUCUUAUAGUCUCUGCUCAAGAUGAUGAUGUAGGAGACAACUCAGUUAUAAUUUACUCAUUGCCUUCGUCGUCUGCUCAACUGACCAACGUGUUCAAUAUUAAUAAACAUACGGGUAGAAUAACGUUGGCUUCUUCCCUUGACAGGGAGACCACUAGCGGCUACAUAUUUUAUGUUCAAGCCAAAGAUUCUGGUCCUUAUGCAACACCUGUGGAGACUCUGGUUAACAUAACGGUUGUAGAUAUCAAUGAUAAUGCUCCAUCUAUACACACGUCACCGCUUCUUCAAAGUUCAGAUAGCAGCCUGACUAUUUUAGAAAAUGACCAGGUUGGCAGAUCGGUUGCUAUGGUCUACGUUUCUGACCCAGAUGAAGGACGAAACGGCAGAUUUUCCUGCACUAUUGACAGCAACAAAUAUUUUACUUUAACUGAUUUUUCACCUUCUUCAAGGGAUAGACAUCAAAGAGAAUACGAAAUUAAAUCUAAUUCGAUGUUCAAUUAUGAAGAACUUAAGGAAAUUACAGCUGUAAUCACUUGCAAAGAUAAUGGCAAUCCUGCACAAACUUCAACAUCGGUCCUAGAAGUAAAAAUACGAGACGAAAAUGAUAAUGAUCCAAUUUUCGAAAAAGAAUUAUAUAAAACCGAAGUGACCGAGAAUAAACCAAUAAAUCGAUUUAUUGCGCAAGUUAAGGCCAUUGACAAAGAUUCUGGUGAUAACGGAAAAGUGAGUUAUUCGUUAGACGCCGCUAGCCAAGCCUAUUUCAAUAUUAUUGCCGAUAGCGGUAAAAUUUAUCCAAAGGGAAUAUUAGAUAGAGAGGAAAAGGAGUUUCAUAAUUUGACUGUUAUAGCAAGAGAUAAGGGCACAAAGCCAAAUGAAGCCAAAGCAUAUGUUGAAGUAACAGUAAAGGAUGUAAACGAUUGUAUCCCGACCUUUGUUAAGCAUGCCAAUUUCCCUGUAUUAUCAAUAUCAGAAAAUGAAGCUCGUGAAACACACCUAUUAGGUAGUGUCGCUGCGGAAGAUUGUGAUAUUGGAGAAAAUGGCAAAAUUACAUAUUCGAUAGUUUCUGCACGUGAUCAACCGUUCUCUAUCAAUAAGAAUACAGGUGUUAUAUCGACAACCGAAGUAUUGGAUAGGGAAAAUACGAGCAGCUAUCAUUUACUUUUAGAAGCUCGAGACGGUGGUAGUCCAAGUCUUUUUUCUACAAUUUCAAUGAAAGUUCAUGUGAUAGAUCGCAAUGAUGAGAAGCCACAUUUCACAUUCCCUUCAGCAAAAAAUAAUACACUCCAAUUUUCUGCACAUGCACCUGUCGGCACAGCAAUAACAAAAAUACAAGUAUCCGACAAAGACUUUGGAAAUAAUGGAAAUGUAAAUAUCUAUUUUCAACAGACAAUACUUUCAUUUCUGAAGCAAAAAGACUCUGGGGUUUAUACCUCAUGGUCUUGUUUCCAAAUGAACAUUGAAACGGGAAAUAUAAAGCUGGUGAAGGAUUUGAGUACCUUAUCUAACAAAACCGUCACUAUUGACUUAGAAGCCCGGGAUGGUGGUUCUCCCUUUCAAUUCACUCGUACUCAAUUGAUAAUUGUCUUCAACGAUUCUAUUCCUUGGCAUGACUCGCACAGUUCAUUAUUAUCAAGGAGUAAUUUAUUGAUUUUAAUAGCGGUCGGAAUUGGAUCUUUCGUCGUCAUUCUGCUAUUAAUUUUAUGUAUAUGUUGUCUUCGUCAAUCGAAGAAGGACAAACAACAAUUGCGAUACAAUUGUCGAACAGAGGCCUUGAAGAUUCUUUAUGAGAAGAAUGGUGGUCCUACGAUCAUUCGAGAUAGCGAUAAGUGCAAACACUCGCCUCGUGAAAUGAAGAGUUUGAAUUACGAGAAGGCUCUCGACCCAAGUCAUAUAGAAUUUGUGUAUGGUUCGGAGGAAGAGGUAGGUAAUAGCUUGCUUCAUAUUAUAAGCUUGCCGCCUAUGUAUGCUUUUAUAUUUCACACCUUGCUUUUGUUUGCAUUCUAAAACUCUUAAUUGUUGCUCAAACGUGUCAACAUUUACCUUGUUCAGACUAAUGCUUGUAUAUAUUUUUUUCUAAAAGCUUUUGCAGUUUCGUGUUCAAGCUAGUCUCAAAUUUGACUCUUUCUUUCAAAAUGUGGCAUGGCCUGAUAACACCUCUAUUAAACUGAAGAGGUGGCGUCGUUUCGAACGCCUUUAAAAUCCGUCAACCCGACACUUAAGAUCGUAUAGCCAACGGUUACAGCGAUAUGUUUUCUUAUUUCUUAUUGAGGAGAAAUCUUGCCUUCAGCCUAAAAAAAACGGAUUAGCGCAAGAUUGAAUCUAUAACAACGUCCUUCGGCUAUAUACGUGCAUAAAUAGUUAGUGAACGCUGUAAUUUCUUAUAAUUAUACGGGCCAAUCGAUAGCGAUAAACGAAAUGAGUUUAGGAAGGGGCGCAGCUGGUGACGCUGGACGAUGCGGCGUUUUUGUCGCUAACGCUUGUAAAUAAUUAGUUAUUAUACUCUAUUUCGUAUUCGACUCAGAACUAGGCGAAUCGAUGCAAUACAACGACGCAGAGCAAUACAGAUUGUCAUUUUAUCAGAUGACUGAACAAGUAUUUGCGCUGCGUCAGAUACAGAACUGUCUGGUCUUGACUUGUAAUUUGUAAACGAUGGGAAGGAGGUCCAAGAGGGGAAACCUUUGCCUUCUAAUGCCACUGUAUUGCUAAGUCUGCCUUCUUGAGAAGAGGAAAGUACAAAUAAGUGAGUGAGAGAGCUGAUGAGUGAAUAAAUGAGUAAAUGGACAAGUAAACAAAGUAGAGGAAGAAUGAGAAAGUGAGAUUCAUAUGUGCACGCCCAAGGAAUAAGACAGGCGGCAGUUAAAGAAAAAGACAGCCGGCAGCUGAUUGAAAGGAAGGAUGGAUUAAGUAAAUUCAGGCGAGCGUCUAUUUUAAGUAAAGCAGUUAGCCGAUUCGUUCUCCUUUCUUCCUACUAUCCUCUCUCCCUUUCAUUCCUGCUCGUCAGAAGAUUAUCAUACUGCACUAUUUCCAGUAUUGCGUGAGAGAGAAAGCAGAUUGUAGCGACGACUUGAUAAGCUGGCAUGCCGCCUAUGGAUUUCCAAUAUGCUUACUAUUCUCCUCGUUAAACGUAUUACGGGACGGCGCCGUUUUUACGUCUAAUUCUUCCGCAAUAAGAGCAACCCGCGUUUAAUAUGCAAACUACGGCUGACGGCUAUACGAUAAUCUAUAGAGAUACAAAUACACCGGUAACGUUGACGUCAAAAGCUAGCAUGCAGGCCACGUUGACUGCUAGUCAAUAAAAAGCACGUUUCCCUCUUUCUCCUCUUAUGUAUUCCUCAAUUUUUUCUCCUUUUGAAUUCCCCUUUUAUCUAUGCUUUUUUUCCGUCGCCCCUCGUUUUUCUACUUUGGCGUUUUUCAUUCCGUUUCUUUUUCCCUUAAGUAGCGUAAGAUAAUAGGCUAAGUAAAAAAACAAGAGGCACGAGAGAAAAGAAAAGGGAAUAAGAGACGCCUAUUGUCUUUUUAUGACGUUCGUGUAUGUUUCUCUUUCAUUUGAGUUUAUAUUUUCCUACAAACGUAAAACCUUAGAAGAGCAAAUGAAGACAAGAAAUUUACUUUUUUUUUUAAUAAUUUACACAGAUUCCGGUCGCGAACAGCUCAUUAUUAACGGCUACGCCACCUGGCGCCAAACGACAGUUUAAACACCCUCUAGCACCACCACCACCCUGUAGGGGCAGACUUAAUCAAAAAGAUGUUGAGGUUUGACGUUUUCUAGUUUUUUUUUUCACACUGGCUUAAAUAACUCUGCAUAGACAACGCGUGACGCUCAAUCACAUCCCUAACUCUGCCCCAUGAGGCGUCUAGCGCACCCUGUCCGGCCGUUAUCGGCAGAGGCCGAGACGCCCUGUCCUUUCUAAAAAGUAAAUUAGCCUGCAAUCGCUACGACGCCUCCAAGUCGUUGUCCAACUUAUUGAUUGCCGUCUUCUGCAGUAUAAAAAAGGCAUACAUACAGUAUAUGAGGUCUUAUACCUGCUGCAUUUCUCAUUUCCUAGGUGUUAACCAAAUGAAUAGCCUUCUCAAAAGAAGUUUUUUAAACAUAUAAUGAUCAUUUGGAUAUCAAUGACAGCUUAAAAGAGCUGCUUAGUCUGUAGUACUAACCAGUUUAUAUACGUAUUCUGUUUGGAGAUUAGGAUUAUAUAAAAUCCAAUUGGCGUAAAAAUUGGCUGGAGUAGUAUAAAGAAAGGGAAAGGCAAUAUACAGACGUCAGAAUAUCCAGCUUAUCAAACGACCAAUAAAAGAUUAACGAACUGCAAUUUUUCUACUGGUCAAAAAAAAAUUUUUGCGAUAAUUUUCUUCUAUAUAUACGGCAGAGUGUUGCUAGAAGGGCCUAGGGCGGAUGUAGAAAUUCUUGGACACAGGGAAUAAAUCCCUUGAGUGUCUUUAAUUGAAUAACGUCGGCGAACUGCCGGGUCUAUAGAUACGACCUAAUUUGCGGUUGUACGAGUUUUUAUGUAGUGCGAAAAUUGUGGUCAGGAACACAAUUUAGGAGCUUAUAAAUUUUGUAGCGUUGCUGAACGUCCCUUUGCAGACUUGCUCCUCUCCUGCUUUCUUUACAACUUUAUAUUUUCAAAGUGUCAUUAUUACUUUCAUCCAUUGAUUGCAAGUGUUUGAUUAAGGCAGCUUCAGAGCUCUUCCGUAAGUCGGAAGAAAUCUAAUUUAACGAGUAGCCAAUACGGAAAAGAUUGAUAUAAGCGAGUUAAACGACGAGUCGACAGCAAAAUAUUGGCAGGAGACGUUCGAUAGUCCUUAAUUGACUGUGCGACGUCUAAAAGUGACGGUCGUAGCUAAUGAUCAUUAUUACGUGUAUACGGUUUAUUGAUUGAUCUAGAUAUAAAUAAAUUCGAUUUUUUCCACUUUAGCAGCUCCGAACGUUCGUAAAUGGGGAGACCGAUAGCGCCUACAGUGUUGGAGAUUGCUCAAAUACAGAUAGUGGUAAAGGGGCUAGCGACGCUGGAGAACAACAGUUCGUGGAAGCUCUAAGGAAUGGAAGCUCUGAGGGCUAUAAAGGCUCAUUGAAUCGAGCGUUCGCUCAAACACCUUCUACAUCUUCUUCACCUCAACGGCAGAUGUCGCAUUCUUCCAGACCUAAGUUCACGCCAUCUAGCAGGCCAAUCGAAACUACGCUCUAUUCUUGUCGAGACGUUUCUGAUGUUUUGCGUUCGACUAUGCCAACAAUUACAGCCAACGAAACAGCCGAAGAGGAAGGUAGCACAACUUCCGGUUCCUAUGUGGUUGACGCUAAUGAUCUUUGUAACGAAAUUGACGACUUAUUUUUUCGAAGUAUGGUCGUUUAAACGACAUUUCGAAUGUGCAGGUGCUAAAAAAUAAAGGCUAUAGCGAACCCUGCUCAGGUGCUCGUUAUCAAGUUUACUUGUGUGUCUGUAAAUAUUAACAGAGUUGGCUAUAACUUUUAUCUGCACAUUCUACCCUCGUUUCUUUCUUAUUCUGUUUUUAGUAUGUUUUUACUUUUUCCCAUCAUUCACAAAAAAAAUCUCUUUCUUUUCGCUUAAAUUGAUGGUUUUGUUGAAUAAAAGAAAUUUUAUUAUUGAAUUUGAA